AUGGAUCUCAAGGAGACGGAGGAGCAGCGUCAAAUGCGACGCAUUGCGUUCGUCGCUGUCGUCGUUUCGACGGCAGCUGUGAUCGCAAGUGUCGUCACAUUGCCUAUGCUCUACAACUAUGUACAGUCCUUCCAAAGUCAUCUGAUGGUCGAGACUGAUUACUGCAAGGCUCGUUCUCGAGAUAUGUGGCUAGAAAUGACUGCUCUGCAAGCCGGCAAAGGCAUGCUUCACCGACAAAAGAGAGCCUGGCUGUUCGGACAAUGGAUCCCUGAGGGAGGCUCUGGUGGAGGAGGUUCAGGCGGAGGUACCGCUUCCGGUUACGGUGGCUAUGGAGCGGUAGUGAAUACAGAACCAGCACCCACCUGCUGUACUUGUAACCAAGGAGCAGCUGGACCACCAGGACCUGAAGGACCACCUGGAAAUAACGGAAAGGAUGGUCGCAAUGGAAUGGAUGGAAAGAACGGACGCGAUGCUGAAUUGCUUGCAGCACCACCAAGUGAACCAUGUGUUAUCUGCCCAACAGGACCACCUGGUCCAAUGGGAGCAAUGGGUCCUAAGGGACCACCAGGACCUAAAGGUUCACCUGGAGAACCACCUAAGGAUGGAGUUGCUGGUGAAGACGGUAUGCCUGGACAGCCUGGACCAGUCGGAAGACCGGGACGCGAUGGACUGAAGGGAGCACCUGGAGCUAACGGACGACUGAUCCCUGUACCCGGACCACAAGGACCACCUGGAAAGCAGGGACCACCUGGACCUCCAGGACCAAAAGGAAAUCCUGGCCCAGACGGACAAUCGUAUCCGGGCCCUCCAGGUCCUCCUGGAGAUCCAGGAAACUCAGGACCCGAGGGACGACCAGGACCCAAUGGUGCACAGGGACCUCCCGGAGAAGAUGGAGACAAGGGAGAUUGUGGUCAUUGCCCACCUCCUCGUACACCUCCUGGCUAUUAG